UUCACGCCAUUUUAGCGAUUUAUAAGUAUUUUUCAGUUUGAUUCUUGGUAGCUCUGGAGUGUCUACGAUGCCCUUGUGGAUGGCUGUGUGAUGUCGCUACAUAGGCGUUUCCAUUGGUGUGUUUGGUCAAGAUGACAUCACCUGUACGUGUGAAGCAGGAGCGUGUUUCCAUAUCGUAUCCUACACGUUUACCCGAUCCUGCCGCCCUGGUGUGUAGCAAGAUGACUUCGUACCCUUCGCUGUCUGUGUCCAUCUUGCUAGAGGGGUCGGAUGCCGAGCGUGCUGAGAAGACCCAAUUGCUGCUAUUGCAGUUAUCGCGUAGCCACCAUAGCGAGCAUUUCAACCUGGAAUCGGACGCCACAGUGUUCAACACAUUGCUACGCAGUGCUAGCGGCCCACUCCAGGUAAAGUUAUGUGAGCUUUUAGUUGCCUACAUCAAGGCAGUCCAUCUGGACACUGCCAUAGAUGAUAAUGAAGCUGGGAUUAGUUCGACUGCCGAUUUGUGGAUGUUCUACCGUGUAAUUCACGAUGCACUGGUGGAAUUCGCUUUGCCAAAUGUUAAAGCCGGUGAUUAUUGCGCUAUGUUCUUAUGUAACCUGAUUUCGGUAUGCUCAUCUAAUAGGUUAUUUCGUGAUAUUGUUAACCUUUUCGGUGCCAGCGUUCGUGAGAAUCUGGUGGGUGUCAGUGAGGAUAAUGGAUCUUGUGAGCUGUUGGCCACGAACGCUCGUCGUGUGAUUGGCGUGAUGAAGCUAUUACUAUUCUUGACCAAGUCAUUCUCCACUCCACCGGCACCGUCUGCUGAGUUGUGCGAUAUAUCCUGCAGUGUCAUCACCGGUACCAAGACGCAUCUAUGCAGGCUGUACAGUUACAAUGUCAUUGCAUUCUUGCUGCGCAACAUACUGGAUCCCGAUAUAAUUCGAAGCACGCUGCCAACACUGGGUCCAUCGCAAUUGAAGCAUGUUAUGGCACUCCUGAAGGAGGCCAACCAUCUUACCGACAAGCGCACUUGGAGUUACCAGUACACCUGCACUCCACGUUUGGAAGAUCAGGAUUCAGGUCCCGUGGAGACCGUUACUGCAGCUACUCUGGCUGCUGAGCCAGACCCAGAAUCCAACUCGAGGGCCGUUGCUGACGUGGCCCUUAGGGAAAACGAGCCCGAUGUACCGCAGGAGCAUUUGCCGGGGCCACCUGUAAUUGAGACUAACAUCGAGACCCCUAGGACGAUGCCGCUGCCUCAUAACAGUAUUUCCUUCACCCCCGCCACGCAUUUGACCACGGGUUCUAUACAGGACUUGCCCACUACAUUCAGGGACACCUCAAGGGCUGUGACGAGGACUGAUACUGCCAGUAGGGGUAGCGUGGCACCUGCCACCGCCAGGGUGUCCAUGCAACCCUCGGUUGCCAGCGAUACGGUGUCCAACUUCAGACCAGAGUGGUACCGAAUGCUGUCAGCCCAGUUUGGUAUCGCGUCGUCCAAUAAAUCGGGCGCGAUAGACCGCGAGGCCUGGAAACGGAAGAAUGAAGUGCUGACCAAUGUCCUCGACAGUUUGGAACGCGUCAAUGGUACAUUGUCUCUGGGCGCAUUCGGUCCGCAACUAGUGGAACUGCUCGAGGCCAUAUUCAAGUUUGAAUCUGCUAUCCCAGUAAUUUUGGGCGGCCUAAGGCUACUCUAUUAUCUAUUGGAUAAAAGCGGGUCGGCCCUGGCUAAACACAUGAGGAACCCGUCCAUCAUCGACCUCGUGUUCGACCGUUUGAAGGAUACCAACAGUAAGGUGCAAUCCGCUGCUAUAUCAUGCGUGGCCUACUUGAUACUCUACAGCGACAGGGGCAUGGUAUUAGAUGCGGUAAAACGCUCGUUGUGCCAUAAGACACCACAGUGCCGUGUUGCCAUGUGCAGUAUCAUCAGCGGGACGGUAGCUAUCCCAGAGGGUGCCAUUGGCAUGUACAAGGAACUGCGCCAGCACAAGGCGCAACUGAUCCAUAUCCUUAAUACCAUGUCAUCGGACAAGAAUGUCAAAGUACGCUCCGCAUCCAUUGAGUGCAUCCGGGCAUUGAACGACCCUAACUUCAAGCCGCGUGUUGUGGAUACCAGUGUUAAAACAGUUCCACGGGCUAGUAGCGCUCCAGUGCAGACUGUUGAACAGGCUGCCACUGGCCCCGUGAAGCGCAAGCUUGUACGGCGUUUCCUCAAGCGCAGUAUGCCAAAGAAGAGAGUGGAGACUAGUGUACCAGCAGAGGCAUCUACAGUGGUGGCAGAAUGCCUACCUACUGUAGAUGCCACUACAGGUCCUCUGUUGGACCACGCAGUAUCCCAGGAGCAUCCUGUAUUGGUGGCACCAUGUGACACUGAAACUGUCAACGAGGUGAUUACCUCACCCCGGUGGGAAAGCGCACCUCCCGAAGCCCCUAUUGACGUUACCGCAAGCCCAGAACCUACUGUGGAGGUGCCUUACAUCCCUGAAAUCGUGGAUUUGGGGCAUUUAACGCCACCGAGGCGUGUGGAUUCCCCUGGGACUAGAGUUGACGAGGCACCUGCCGAGUUGAACACUUCAGAGCCUGUGAAUCUGGAAGCCAAGUGCACAGCUUGGGAGUCCACUUUAAAUGAUGCCAAGGAACUCCGGGAUGACAUUGCCUCCAGUGGCCAAAAGCGCCUUGAGCUCAUUGAAUUGUUAUGUGACGCACUUUCACGCGGUACCUGUGACAGCGUGGCAUUGCGCUGCUUAGGCCGCGUGCUAACCUGUGUUAAGGAAAUGGAUCAAAAGGUAUGCCAGCGGGAGUGUGAAGUGCUUCUGCCAGCUUUGCUGGAAUGCCACAACAGGCACCCAGAGGAUUCCAAGAUAUGUUUUGGUCACUUACAAGUGGUCUCGGCAACAGACGAUUUAAUAGCGCUGUUGCCAGAGGACCACUUGUGGCGUUGCGAAAUGUUAGCCAGAUUACCGUCAGUGGACGAUAGUGCUGUUACCUUACCUGGUGUGGUAUCCGAGGGCCCGGUAGCCAUGAAUGGUGAUCCCGGCAUUACUGUGUACCGAGAGUCAGUUGAUGCUAGCUCUAUGUCACCCAGCCCCGUUAUGGGUGAUAUAACAUCUCCAUCCACUUCAACACCACGUGUUACCAAGGAUGCAGAAGCUUUACAGUCUAGCCAUCGCACCCCAAGCACACGCCAGUUGGAUGUAUCGCCGGACUCUGAUGUUAUCAUCGAUAACGGUUCCCCGAGGUUGUCUGGAGGUACCCAUGAAUCGGAUCCGUUGGAGAAGAUUCCCGAUGCCGUUGUCAUCCACAGCAAGGGUGACUCCACCCCUGUCAACCGGGGCAUGUCACCAAACACCGCUACGCUAUCGCCCCCGAAGCUAGAUUGUGACUCCAGGGCUAUGCUAGAUGACCCUGGUACCCACAUCAUGGCCACUACCACUAUCGCAAACCAUGAUGAACCCGAGUUUGAACGUUUUCCAUCCGUGGUAACGGAAGCAGCUGGUGAUAUAGAUCUUUGCAUACCAGAUCAAGUUGACAUACAGUUGUACGACACUGGAGCUAAGGACGUAUCCCCUGGACUCAGUAAGUUGAUUGGUACCGAGGCACUCCCUAGUGAAAUCGGUAUUCAAACAAGCCCCUCGAUACUAGAGUCAAGCUUGGAACCUGCUAUAGAUAAUCCCGAGGAAACUGGGCGCAUAUUCUCGGAUGGAGUUACAUAUUCUAUCCGUGCGGAUAGCAUCACUUCCGCGGCACUCGAGUCAGCUAGGAGUUCCAUAUCCAGGAUGCUGUCAUGCAGCGUCGAGCACAGUGACACUGGAAUCCGCAGUAGCGAGAGCUUUGAUAGCAGCAUGAAGCUGGUAGAGUCCAUUCUAGCAGAUUGCUCCUAUGUGGCCAACUUCUGCCUACUGUCGAAUUACAAGGAUUACCAUGCACUCGUGCCUUCGUUUUACGAUGAAGGCAUGAUUGAUGGUUGCAUAGAGCGCUGCCAGAACGUACUGUCCAAUAUAUCGCGCUUCUCCGAUAGCCGGGUGCUCUCUGCACUGUCCCCGGUAUUGAUAGACGCGUGCCACGUAUCUAUACUGCGUCUGUGCAAGGAGGUUGAGAACUUUAACCAGCUUGGUAUUGGCAUAACCAAGGUAUUGGAGGCUAUAGUGUCGCUGAUCGAGCUUUUUACCGCGGCUGCAUGCCACCUGGAUGGCAGGGCACUGUUACAGUACUGUUCAGUUGUCAUCCACUGCCUAGCACUCCCCAAGGCAUGCUUCCAGGAAAACGUCAAGCUGUACAAUGGACUCAGCCGCUUAAUAUCGGUGAAUGCCCUGGAGCAGGAUAUUGACAUAUUGGCACGCCUGUUGGUGGUAAGUGUCGAACUGAGCGUGCAGUCACUUCGACGCGGCGACGGCGGCCGCAUACUGCUGGCCAUGCUCAGGCUGACGAAGAUAUUCCAGGUCCAGAUACUGCUACGCCUCAGCUGCGACAAGGCGGUGAACUCGUUAACACGCUCAGAGCUCUACAAGUGCCACUCAACCUUUGUUGCUAUGCUGCGCACAUACCUCCAAGGCUCCGAGCGUAGCGCAUCGAUUGAAUCGCGCGUGCAGGACGCUCUACGCCACUCUGGCAUCAUGAUGCGCUCAUUAUGCCAAGCUGAGUCAUAACCCGCCAGUGGCUGUACGGUACCCCAAACACUGUCUAAUGUACAUUUGAUUAUAUUAAUCUGUGUUGCUAAGUUGAGCACUGGCCGUGAAUACGAAAUAUUCACGGCAAUGUG